AUGAGUCUAGCUGGCAGAGAUCAAAGUGAAAUAGGCUCAAUGGAGCUGGCACCUGCCAGCAUUGCCGCUAUCAAUGAACGCAUGGGUGGUAACGACACCGACAGAGGCAGCAGGGUAAGCGUCAGCAGAAUAAGCACGGGCAAGAGCAUUGCCAGCAUCGCUGAUAGCGGCAGCCUAGCUCAAUGGAAGGGGGAAAGUCAAACUCCUACGCGUGCUGAUUCGAAGCCAAAAGGGCGUAGUAGUCGCAAAUUUACGCGUUCUCCGAACAAGGAGCGACCGACAAAAUUUACGCUGGACAGCAAUUUGAAGAUUACGACGGGCGCUUCAUUGAUACCCGAUUUGAAUUUGGUCAUUGAACGCAUGCGUAGCACCAAAGACGACAGCUAUGUCUAUUUAGAUUAUAUGCUGCCGAAGGAGAGCGAAUAUUUUACGCCGUAUAGCUUACGCGAGGUGGAAUUUGCGAAUCUAAAUAUUCUAAAGCCCUACUAUACGGUUACCAGACAUGGCGUUACAUAUUGGCGUAUCUCCGAGAAUUUCUUUACCCCUCUCAAUCAAUGGCAACAAGAGUUUCAACAAUUUCUUAGCAUUAUACAAAUUCGCACAUUCUCCAUAUUUCGCCUAUGGAAGGGAUUUAAGGUCUGGGAGAAAACGAUCAAGUGGCGUAAAUUGAAUGCGGCGCGCAAUCAUCUACAGAAUAAUCUAUUUAUAGUUAUACCCCAAUUGGCCAAGGCUAUAUUACGCAUGCGCUCCGAUCUUGUCGUGCUGGAACGUCUCAGCUUUGUCAAUGUCGAGAAUAUUGAGGAAUGGCAUCCGUUCUAUUUUCUGGAAAUGCAUAUGCGCAUAUAUGAACAGCUCAACUAUCUGUUUCAUGAGUUUCGCACUUUCGUGGGCAGAGCUUUAUAUCGCUCCUGCACUGAAGCUAUAAUGGCGCGUGGCUUUUAUCCUGACGAUGAAAUCAAUUAUUAUCCAUCGGUGAAAAAAAUGCGUGAAGCACACAGCUUUAUGGAUCGAGCACGUAAGCGCGCCUUCUGCAAAACACUGACCAACUUUCUUACCUACUGUGAUAUGAUGCUAUAUCAGAUGCUAUAUCGCGUUACGAUCAAUAGCUUUGCGGACUUACAUAAUGCAUUCAACGAACAUCAUUCGGUGGGACCUUCCGAAGCGGAGAUAACAAAGCACGAUCGCGUCGAUAUGCGCGUAGAGAAACCUCGACCUGCUCAUAAGCCGCAAAAUCCAUUUUUUCUAGCACAAUUACGUUUGCUACCCGAUCGCAUUGAGGUCGAACCGUUGGAAGAGGUGUUGAAAUUAAUAUUUCAACGCAUAACGACGCUAAUAUUGGAUACAGUUUUGGAUAUACAACCCUUUACAACAGAUCAAGACUUUACGCAGUAUACGGAACCUUCAAUUAUGGGCAGACAAGAGGAGUGUUUAUAUCAAAGCGCACCAGAUUUAACAUUUUUGCUACGCUCUGAUAGCAAAUUCAACUUUAAUCGUAAAAACAUAUUUGUGCUCUUGCAUACCGCCUACGAGCGUGCCCAUCUGUAUACCACGCGUUUUCAUGCUAUACGUCAAAAUUUUGAAAUCGAUGCCACCACAGAUCCAGAGGAUAUAAGUACUGAGCGUGAUCUGACCGCUCUGCGCAAUUAUUGCGAUCGAUACUGUAAUAAUCUACGCGCCUUGGAUGGCAUUUUGGAGUGUGUCUUCUUGGGUCUACUGAAACUGGCCCAAAGUGGCUUUAAGGAAGCCGUAACGCCCGUUUGUCAACGUCUGCAAAAUGUUUUGGCUUUGUAUCUGCCCAAGCUGGCUGAGGAGGAAACAACCAAAUGCUAUGAGGAAACUCAAGAUUUCUAUGGACGCAUUGGUUUUGAGCCACAGACUACAAUCGAAAUUGUCGCACAUUUGCGCUUCUUGGAAAAUUGCCAGGAUGAGUUGGGUGAAAUCUUUAAGGUUAUAGACUAUGUGCAUGACUUGCUGAUCAUAAUCAAAGACUUUAAUAUACCCAUUGAUGAUGAGCGUAAAGAAGACUAUAUGGACACAGAGGAUUAUAUGAAUCGCACCAAAGAAACGUUGGUUGAGAUUCGAGAGAAGCGACAAGACUUUAUUAAUCAGUUAGAUGAUGCCAUGCAGGAUGAAAUUCAAGCGCUAAAAGAAGAUAUACAUGAAGUGGCUGUGGAGGCGUUGGAAAAUUGGCUGCUAACGAGCAAAUCGGAUCGUAAAGCUGUCAACGAUAAGCUGGACUCGCUGCUUAGUCGCAUGAACGAAUGUCGCGAGCGUGCGGACGAGUAUAUAGGCUAUCAAAAGGAAUUCAAAAUCGAUCUGACUAUGUAUGAGGAAAUGGAUAGCGGCUUCUAUGAUAUACGCAUGCGUCAAAAUCUUUAUCAAACUCUAACCGAUUGGGAGGAAUCAUUGGCUGCCUGGAUGGCGGCAGAUUUCAAUACGCUGCCUGUAAACGACAUGGUCGAUUUGAAUGCCAAGACCAUAAAGAAUUGCAUGCAAUUCCAAAAAUAUUUACCCGAGAACGAUAUAGUGCCAGUGUUGCAAAAGUCGGCAGAGGAAUUCAAAGAGAAACUGCCUGUUAUAGGUUAUCUGCGUAAUCCCAAUCUGCGUGCGCGCCAUUGGACUGAGAUAGAAGAACUGUUGGGUCACAAAUUCUUUCAGGAGAAGGACAUUAAAAUUGCCACAUACGAGGAGGUGCAUGCAUUUGAUGAUGAAACGAAUGCAGAGGCCCUCAUGCAGAUCUCCUCGCAAUCUACGGGCGAAACACAGCUGGAGAAUAUGCUAAAGGGCAUUGAGACGAUGUGGAAGGAAACUGAGCUGUCUAUUGUAUCGCAUCACGAUCAAAAGGAUGUGUUUAUUCUAGCAGGCACUGAGGAGUUGCAAGCUGUACUCGAUGAUGCAAAUGUUAAUGUCAAUACCAUUGCGGCUUCCAAGUUCGUGGGGCCCAUUAAGGGACGUGUAGACGAGUGGAUAAAUGCUUUGGAUCAGUUCAGCAAAACGUUUGAGGCUUGGAUGGAUUGCCAAGGGGCUUGGAUAUACUUGGAAGCAAUUUUCGCCUCACCCGAUAUACAACGUCAGCUGCCCAGUGAAGCGAAAAUGUUCUAUAUGGUGGACAAAAGCUUCAAGGAGAUCCUACGACAAGCUAAAAAGGUAGCGCUAGCUUUACCAACAAUGUCCAGUGUGGAGGUAUAUAAUGCCUUAGUAGAGAAUAAUCGUUUGCUGGAUUUAAUAUCACGCGGUCUGGAAGCUUAUCUGGAAGUUAAGCGUGUUGUAUUUCCAAGAUUCUAUUUUCUAUCUAAUGAUGAACUCCUGGAGAUUUUGGCACAAACGCGCGUACCCCAAUCGGUGCAGCCGCAUUUGCGCAAAUGUUUCGAUGCCAUUUAUCGUCUGGAGUUUGGACAAAAGGAAGGCGGCGAUGGCAAAAUGAUACCCACCAACGAUAUCAUCGCCUUUCUCUCACCCGAGGGCGAAAAGCUGCAGUUUGGCAAAGGACUGAAAGCACGCGGUGCUGUUGAAGAAUGGCUCAGUAAGGUGGAGGAGGCCAUGUUUGUCUCUUGCAAGCGCUAUAUGCGCUUUGGCUAUCAAUGCUAUGCGGCCAAAGAUCGCGACGAAUGGUUCCAAGAUCAUCCCAAUCAGGUGGUGCUCACCGUCUCACAGGUACAGUGGGCAGCCGACAUACAUAAAAUUGUUGAUUUCAAAGAGAAGUCUGUGCUAUCGGUUACCGAUCGCAUGUUGAAAUUCGAAACCAAGUGUCUGCAAGAUCUGGGCGCAUUGGCAGCACUAACGCGUAAGAAUAUCUCAUCGUUGCUGAGAAAGAUUCUAUGCGCUUUGAUUACGAUUGAUGUGCAUGCCAAGGAUUCGGUGCGUAUGCUUAUCGAAAAGGAGGUGAAGAGCACCAAUGACUUCAACUGGCUUAAAAUGUUGCGCUUCUAUUGGGUCAUUGAAACGGAGACUGUUACCUCCAGAAUGGCUGCCGCCAAUAUUCCCUACUACUAUGAGUAUUUGGGAGCUGGCGGUGUGCUCGUGCUGACGCCCUUGACCGAUCGUUGUUAUCUCUGUCUGAUGGGCGCUUUUCAAAUGGAUUUGGGCGGCGCUCCCGCUGGUCCGGCUGGUACAGGCAAAACGGAAACCACCAAGGAUUUGGCCAAGGCCUUAGCCAAGCAGUGUGUAGUGUUCAAUUGUUCUGAUGGCUUGGACUACAAGAUGAUGGGUCGCUUCUUCUCGGGCUUGGCACAAUGCGGCGCCUGGUGUUGCUUUGAUGAGUUCAAUCGCAUAGACAUUGAAGUGUUGUCCGUCAUAGCGCAGCAGUUGAUAACGAUACGUACGGCAAAGUUUAUGCGAGUGAAGCGUUUUAUGUUUGAGGGACGUGAGAUAAAGAUAAAUCAUUCGUGCUGCGUGUUUAUUACAAUGAAUCCAGGCUAUGCGGGUCGUACUGAGCUGCCGGAUAACUUGAAAGCGCUAUUCCGUCCCAUAUCCAUGAUGGUGCCCGAUUAUGCGCUUAUCUCUGAGGUGAUUCUGUACUCCGAGGGCUUUGAGGAUCCCAAGAUCUUGGCACGCAAAAUGGUGCAAAUGUAUCAGCUCUGCAGUCAGCAGUUGAGUCAACAGAAUCAUUAUGAUUUCGGUAUGCGUGCCGUCAAGUCCGUGCUGGUUAUGGCGGGCGCCUUGAAGCGUGCCUCGCCCGAUCAGCGUGAGGAUAUUACGCUUAUUGCCGCGCUGCGUGAUUCCAAUAUACCCAAGUUCUUGGCGGAUGAUGCGGUGCUCUUCCGUGGCAUUCUCAGCGAUCUGUUCCCGGGCGUGGAGCUGCCCGACUCCCAGCAUCCGCACUUGGAGAAAAGUCUACGCUUGGGUCUGCGCAACAAGAAUCUGCAGCCAGUGGCAACAACCAUACGCAAGUGUUUGCAGCUUUAUGAGACAAUGUGUGUACGUUGGGGUGUCAUGACUGUGGGACCCACUGGUGGUGGCAAAUCUGUGGUGCUGCAUGCUUUGGAAUUCGCCUUGGCUCAUCUUUUUGAGAACGAAGUGCAAGAUCCUAAUUUUCGUCCUGUCGUCAUUCAGACAAUGAAUCCCAAAGCUGUGAGCAUGAAUGAGCUUUAUGGUUAUGUAGAUCUCAAAACUUUGGAGUGGCAAGAUGGUCUCCUGGGCUUAGCUGUACGCACGGCCACAAAUGUAGAAGACGAAAUCCAUCAAUGGAUUAUGUGCGAUGGUCCGGUGGACGCCGUAUGGAUUGAGAAUCUCAACACCGUGCUGGAUGAUAACAAAAUGUUAUGUUUGGCCAAUUCGGAGCGAAUAAAACUGACUGCCUGGAUACAUAUGCUGUUCGAAGUCCAAGAUUUGCUGCAGGCCUCACCAGCUACGGUGUCACGUUGUGGCAUGGUUUAUGUAGAUCCCGGCGAUUUGGGUUGGAUACCGCUGGUCGAUACAUGGCGUGAAGUGGACAUGAGCAAAAAGUUAACGCCAGCCCUAGCUGAAUUUCAAUAUCAGCUGUUUAUUAAUUACUUUGAGAAGGCAUUAAAGAUAGAACGCAAACGCGCUAAUUACACAAUACAUCAAGUGAUGGGCUCCAAGGUGCGUUUAUGCUGUUCCCUUAUCUCUUCACAACUGGAGAACGUGCGCUGGGGGCCGCUCAAUGAUGAACAGGCAAAGAAUUUAAUAACGAAAAUCUUUGCUUGGUGCGUACUCUGGGCGAUCGCUUCCAAUAUGAAAGAUGCAGAGAAAGUGGGUUUCGAGGAUCAAUGGAGCAAAACAAUGGCCGUGCAUCCACAUAUGGAUUUACCACGCCAGACCAUGUGGAAUUUUCGCAUAGACUUGGAAAAACAAGAUUGGGGCAAAUGGAACGAUAUAAUGCCCAAGUUUGUGUUCAGCUCGGAUAUAUCCUACUAUGAUAUGCAGGUGCCAACAGUGGAUACAACAAAAUAUGGCUAUAUAGCAGACAUUUUAUUUAAGCGCGAUUAUCCGGUGCUCUUUACGGGUGAAACGGGUGUGGGCAAAACCGUUUUAGCCGUAAGCUGCAUGAAGCGCUUAGCCGAGGGUCGCGUCAUACCCGUAGUGCUCAAUUUUUCGGCCCAAACGAGCAGUUUGCGUACACAGGAAAUGAUUGAGGGGCCACUGGAGAAACGCAAGCGCACGCAGCUGGGCGCACCGGUGGGAAAGACUGUUAUUGUAUUCAUUGAUGAUGUCAAUAUGCCCAAGUUGGAUACAUAUGGCAGCCAGCCGGCCAUUGAGUUGCUCAGACAGUUUCUGGACUUUAAGGGCUUCUAUGAUCGCGAGAAACUCUUCUGGAAGGAUAUUUUGGAUGUGGUGCUGGGCUGUGCCUGUGCUCCGCCAGGUGGUGGUCGUAAUCCGCUUACACCACGCUUUGUCCGUCACUUUGCGCUCUUCUCGCUGCCCAAGCCCAACGAGGAGACACUCACUCAAAUCUUCAAUGGCAUUCUAUUGGGUUUUCUGGAUACCUUCGCUUCGGCUAUACGCGCUCUAUCCGAAUCCAUUGUCCAUGCCUGCGUCGAUGUUUAUAUGCGUGUGUCCAAGGUUAUGCUGCCGACGCCAGAUCGCUCGCAUUAUAUAUUCAAUUUACGUGAUUUAUCCAAGUGUAUUCAAGGCAUAUUGCAGGCAAAUAAUAUGUACUACAAUAUGGAGAAUCAGAUACUGCGUUUGUUCUAUCAUGAGACGACGCGUGUGUUUCACGAUCGCUUGAUCAACUCCGAUGACAAGGCCAUGUUCCAAAAGCUCAUGAACGAUGUGUGCCUCUAUCAUUUUAAACGUGACGUCGUCAAGCCCGAAGAGCCCGCCAUACUCUUUGGUGAUUUUAUGGUCUUUGGCAAGCCCAAAAAUGAGCGCAUCUAUGAUGAGAUUAAGGAUCAUAGCAAACUGGAAAGCGUGCUCAAUGAUUAUAUAGCUGACUUCAAUUCUAUGGCUGUGGGCAAGCAGAUGAAGCUGAUUCUCUUUCAGGACGCCAUGGAGCAUACGGUGCGUUUGGCUCGCUUGCUGCGCAGUGAUCGUGGCAAUGGUUUGCUUGUGGGCGUGGCCGGCAUGGGCAAACAAUCCUUGACGCGUCUGGCUGCUCAUGUUAAUGAAUAUAACUGCUGGCAAAUCGAAAUGCGACGCAAUUACGAUAUAAACGGUUUCCAUGAAGAUCUACGUGUUCUUUAUCGCAUUGGUGGUAUCAGUGAUCAGCCAGUGGUAUUUCUGCUAAUCGACAGUCAAAUUGUCGAGGAAGAAUUUCUGGAGGAUAUAAAUAACAUACUCAAUUCCGGUGAGGUGCCCAAUUUAUUUGAAGGCGAUGAUUUUGAAAAAGUUAUUCUGGAUGCGCGUGAUGCCUGCAAUGCUGCCAACAAAGAUGGCGCCUGUCCACGUGAUGAGAUCUAUAAGUUUUUUAUAAAUCGUGUGCGCAACAAUCUGCAUGUGGUCAUGUCGAUGAGUCCUGUGGGCGAUGCAUUCCGCCGACGUUGCCGCAUGUUUCCUUCGCUAGUGAAUUGCACCACUAUUGAUUGGUUCACCAGCUGGCCGACAGAGGCGCUUUAUUCGGUAGCCAUGGGCUUGUUGACAAAGAUUGCGCCCAAUAUGAAUGAUCGCGUAGCCUUGGCCAGCACAACAGUGUUUAUGCAUAAGACAGUCGAAGAUGCUUCGGAGCGCUUCUACAAGGAGAUGAAGCGACAUUACUAUACAACGCCCAGCAGUUAUCUGGAGCUCUUGAAGCUCUAUCAGAGUUUACUAAAAGACAAACGCAUGGAAAUUGUUGCCAAACGCAAACGCAUAGCCAACGGUCUCAACAAGCUGCUGGAAACGAACGAAGUGAUUGCUGUGAUGCAAGUAGAACUGGAGGUUAUGGUGCCGCAGCUAGAUGAAAAGUCAGCGCUGAUGAAGUCGCUUGUUGAUAAUCUAACCAAGGAGACCAAACAGGCGGAUGCAGUAAAACAGGGCGUAAUGGAGGAUGAAGCAAAUGCAAAGGAGAAAGCUGCUGCAGCUCAGGCAAUAUCAGAAGAUGCAAGUAAAGAUUUGGAAAUAGCAAUGCCAACGCUGCGUGAAGCGGAAGAUGCGCUCAAAGGUCUAACCAAAGCGGAUAUUAAUGAGUUGAAAUCGUUUACAACGCCACCAGCUUUGGUGCAGUUCUGCAUGGAGGCAGUUUGUAUUCUGCUGGGUGCCAAACCCACUUGGGCUUCAGCCAAGGCUAUAAUGGCGGAUACCAAUUUUAUAAAGCGUCUGUUUGAAUACGACAAGGAGCACAUGAAGGACGAUGUGCUCAAGAAGGUGAAAAAGUAUAUAGACCACAAAGACUUUGUGCCAGCGAAAUUCGAAAAAGUCUCGAAGGUAGCCAAAUCUGUAAGCAUGUGGGUCAUAUCAAUGGAUAAAUUCAACAAAGUCUACAAAGUGGUGGAGCCCAAAAUCAAGCGCAAAGAAGCUGCCGAGGCAGAACUUAAGGAUGUAAUGCGUGUGCUGCGUCAGAAGCAAAAGGAACUGGCUGCAGUGGAAGCUAAGAUACAAGCACUACGCGACAGUUUGGAGGAGAAGCAGCAAGAAUUUCAGGUAAUACAGGAUAAUGUCGAUUUAACCUAUGGACGCAUCAAUCGCGCCGGACGUUUAACCUCAGCGCUGUCGGAUGAACAAGUGCGCUGGCGUGAAACGGUAAAGCAACUGACAGCGGACUUGGCCUGUGUGCCGGGCGAUGUGCUUGUUGCUGCGGCUUGUGUCGCCUAUUUGGGCGCUUUCUCCAACGAAUAUCGUCGUGAGAUGAGCAAGCUGUGGGUAACCAAAUGCCAUGAGUUCGCCAUACCAUCGAGCGGUGAUUUUAAUCUGCUGAAAGUGCUGGGCGAUCCCUAUGAGAUGCGUCAAUGGAAUGUCGAUGGUUUGCCCAAGGAUAAUAUAUCCACUGAGAAUGGUAUUUAUGCUACGCGCGCUUUGCGCUGGGCGCUCAUGAUUGAUCCACAGGAGCAGGCCAAUCGCUGGAUACGCAAUAUGGAGAAAGCAAACAAUUUGCAAGUUAUCAAAAUGACCGAUGGCAAUAUGAUGCGUAUUCUGGAGAAUAGUGUGCGUCAAGGCUAUCCGGUAUUACUUGAGGAAAUCGAUGAAACCAUUGAUCCCUCGCUACGUCCCAUCUUGCAACGUGAAACGUAUAAAUUCGAGGGACGCAUCUAUUUGAAACUGGGCGAUCAGGUUAUAGACUACGACAAUAAUUUUAAACUGUAUAUGACAACAAAGCUACCGAAUCCACAUUAUUUACCCGAAGUCUGCAUAAAUGUUACGCUCGUUAACUUUUUGGUUACAGAAAGCGGUUUGGAAGAUCAGCUGCUAGCCGAUAUUGUUGCUAUUGAACUGCCCGCUAUGGAGGCACAACGUAAUGAUCUAGUGGUAAAAAUCAAUGCUGAUAAGCAGCAGCUGCUCUCAUUGGAAGAUAAAGUGCUAAAGCUGUUGUUCAAUUCCGAGGGUAAUAUUUUAGAUGACGAAGAACUUGUGGAAACACUCAAUGAUGCUAAAGAAACAUCACUUAUUAUUGCUGCACGUCUCAUUGAUACCGAAGAAACGGAGAAAGUCAUUACAGCUUCGCGUGAGCGUUAUCGCAUUUUAGCUUCCAGAGGUGCCAUACUGUACUUUGUAGUCGCUGGUCUGGCGGAAAUAGAUCCCAUGUACCAGUACAGUCUUAAGUACUUUACGCAGGUCUUUUGUAAUGUCCUGCGUGUAGAUCAUCCAGUCAUGACUGUGGAGUUGCGCAUUUCAUCGCUUAUGGUAGAUGAGCUGAAAUUUAUUUACGACAAUAUUUCACGUGGUCUUUUUGAAAAUCAUAAAAUGAUAUUUAGCUUUUUACUAGCACUGGCAGUGGAGCGUCAAGAGGGACGCGUUACAGAUGAUGAAUUUGGUUUUCUUACACGCGGCGCUGUGGGCGCUGUGCGUGCCAAGAAGAUGCCGACUAGCAUUAAGCUUAGCCAAAUGGAAUGGGAUGCGUGCUUGUUUCUGGAGGAAAACUUUAAAGACUUCUUUGGUGGCUUAAGCGAUGAAAUGGACAAGUCUUUUGUCAUACAGAUGCAGGACAACAAGGAGGUGUUUGAUUAUGCCAAAACCAAAGCGGAACCAACUGAAAAAUGGAACAAGCGUUUAAGAAUUUUCCAUAAACUCAUGUUUAUAGCCACAUACCGCAAGCCGCGUUUUUUGCUCAAUGUAGUUCACUAUUUGAACAGCACUGUGGGCAAAUACUUUACGGAGCCCGCCUCGGGCACACAGCUGAGCACAGUUUUUGCUGAUACUUCAGCAAUAACACCACUUAUCUUUGUGUUAUCCACGGGUUCUGAUCCUAUGGCGGGUUUCAUCAAAUUCACCAUUGAAAUGAAGUAUACGGAUAAAUAUUAUUCCAUUUCGUUGGGUCAGGGCCAAGGACCGUUAGCGGAAAGUUUAAUUGACAAAAGUCUGCGCAUGGGUCACUGGGUCUUUCUGCAGAAUUGUCACUUGGCCACCUCCUGGAUGCGCACGCUGGAAACGAUUGUGCGCAAUUUAACGCUCGGCAUUACCAAAGCACAUGCCGACUUUCGUCUAUUUCUGUCAUCCAUGCCAACACCAACGUUUCCCAUUAGCGUGCUGCAGAAUUCAGUGAAAAUAACAAAUGAACCACCCAAGGGUAUUAAAGCCAACAUUAUUGGCGCCUUGGCAGAUCUGAAAAUCGAGUUCUUUGAGCAGCAUGUGCAGAAUGGCAACUGGCGUGCCAUAGUCUUCGGCUUGUGCAUGUUUCAUGCUGUGCUGCUGGAACGUCGCAAGUUUGGACCGCUUGGCUGGAAUAUUACCUAUGAGUUUAGUGAAAGUGAUCGUGAGUGCGGCUUAAAGACUUUGGAUUUCUUUAUAAAUCGAGAGAUUAUGGAGGAUAUACCUUGGGAAGCAAUACUCUAUAUUAAUGGCGACAUUACUUGGGGUGGUCGUGUUACAGACUAUUGGGAUCUGCGCUGUUUACGCACUAUACUUACUAUAUUCUCUUCGUCUCGCAUUGUUCAACCGGGUUAUAAAUAUUGCCGCGGUGAAUCCUAUUAUCGUGAUCCAGGACACAAGACGCUGAAGGAAUAUGCCACAUAUGUGCAGGGUUUUCCUGUUUUAGAGGAUCCGGAAAUCUUUGGCAUGAAUCAAAAUGCAAACAUUGUAUUCCAAAGCAAAGAAACUGAGUUCUUCAUAAACACCUUGCUGCUGGGACAACCACGUUCCUCGGCGGAUGAGGGUCAAGCGCAGGAGAAUGAAAUUAUCCUGCAAUCCAUAGCGCGUAUACAAGGUCUGCUGACUACCAAAAUACAACGCGAACCCAUACAUGAUACACUCACGGUGCUGGACAGCAAAGGACAAACACCUUCCUUAACGACCGUGCUGGUGCAAGAAAUAGAUCGUUUCAAUAUUGCCUUGGGCAUACUGCAUGACAGUCUAACAAAUCUGGGUAAAGCUAUUAAGGGUCUGGUGGUCAUGUCUGAAGACUUGGAAGCUGUCUUCAAAGCUUUGCUUGCCAAUCAAGUGCCCGCGAUGUGGGCAAAGCGCAGCUUUCUCUCCAUUAAACCGCUGCCCAGUUAUAUUGUGGACUUCCAACGACGCAUAGAUUUUAUACAGCAUUGGGCAGAAAACGGUCAACCACGCUCUUAUUGGAUAAGCGGCUUCUUCUUUCCACAAUCUUUUCUCACAGGCGUACUGCAGACAUAUGCACGACGACGUGUGCUGCCUAUAGAUUCGCUUAAAAUAGAUUUUUCUAUAGUGGAAUUGGAGCUAGUGCAGCAAGACUUUUUCGAAGUGCAUACCGCACAUCACAACGACGCACGACUCUAUGGCAGUCUGGAGGAGUGCACCGAUGCUGCUAUCAAUGUGCAUGGCAUUUUUGUAGAAGCUGCACGCUGGGAUUUGUCCAAGGGCGGUCUAUGCGAUGCCAAGUUUGGUGAACUUUAUACACGCAUGCCGGUUGUACGCUUUUUGCCCUGCCUGGAAGUAGCUCCGACCGCACGUUAUGAAUCACCAUUAUAUAAGACACAGCAGCGUUCCGGUGUGCUAUCGACAACGGGUCAUUCCACAAAUUUUGUGCUGGCGAUAUUGCUUAAGAGCUUAAAUGAUCCGGAAUUUUGGAUUAUGCGUGGCACGGCGUUGGUUUGUGCCGUUAUGGAGAAUGUUUCAUGAAAUUCUUUCGCUUCCUUAUAUUUUAAACUCUUUAAAGACAGAGAAAGACACAAAUAAAGAUAACGAAAGAGAGAGAGAGAGAGAGAGAGAGAGAGAUACCUUUUGCAAUGUUUUACC